AGAAUGAAACUGAAGACUUAGUGCCGUUUCCUUAGUAGAAGGUAGUCUCGGGCAGAAGGAGCAGCUGAUGGUUUUUAGUUUAGCAGAAAGUAAUAAUAUUUUGUAUAUAUAUAAACAAUUCUUGUAAGUUUUGCUCAUGGUUUCUUUGCAUUAAAUCCUUCUCUUCAAAUAAGAUUAAAUCAUGGAAGAAGAAUUUGCUGCAGAUUCGGAAGACGAACAAAGGAGCAACGAUCCAAUUUUGGAAAACAUGGAGUGGGAAUUAUAUAAAGCUGUCGAUGAGGGGAAUAUCGAGCGAUUUGUAGAAUUAUUAGACAGGGGUUGCGAUGUGGAUUCGUUCUUCAUUGACGAAGCAAACAUUAGCACCAAAUCACUUUUGCAUGUUUGCUGUGAAAAAGGUAAAAAAGAAUUAGUUAAUAUCUUGCUAGACAGAAACACCAAUUUGUCCGCACGGGACAAUUGGGGUCAAACUCCGCUAAUGUUUUGUAUUUUAGCUGGACGGACAGAAGUGGCCAAAAUCAUGUUGGAUUAUCGGCCAGAAUUAAUAAAUGAUUCCGAUAAGUAUGGAGACACUUGUCUGCAUUUCGCUGCCCUCAACGGUAUGCUGGACUUUAUGGAUAUAUUGUUUCAAUACAAUGCACGCGUGAAUGCGAUCAACCAAUACGGUUUUACACCUCUGAUGAGCGUCAUCAUCUCCAGGGACAUCGAAUCUACCGACAUACGUAAAAGUGUUGUCAACUUGUUGAUUGCAAUGGGUGCUGAAAUUAAUCUGUACGAACCACGUGGAAAACGUACCCCCCUGCAGUUGGCUGUGCUCACCAAACAUGUCGAUGUUGUUGAAAUCCUCCUUCAAGCCGGAGCCGACCCUAAUAUGGCUGACAGGUCUGGCAAGAUUCCCCUCACAAACUGUAUCCUUGAAAAUAUCCCGGUAAAACAGGCAACUGGAGUUGCUCCUAUCAUUGAUCCCAAUAUCCAAUCUAUGAUAUUUUUACUGACCCAGGCAGGAAGUAAUUUAAACUUGACAAUGUGUGAAUAUAGCCAUGCUUUGAUAUGUGCAUCUUUUGUUGGUUCGGCUGAAUUGGUUCAGUUUUUUAUUGAACAAGGUUCCAUUCCAAACAUGGUGUUUCCAUCUGGCGUUACACCAAUUCUUGCUGCUGUCAGCCGUAAUCAAAUUAAUGUGGUUAAACAUUUACUUUAUUGGAAUUGUGAGUUUCAGAAUCGAGGUAGAAUCUGUCGCAAAAGAAUUGAUUAUUACUUCGAUCCUUUUGAACUGGCUAUCUUCAUGAAGAACUGGGAGAUAGCAAAACUUUUACUUUUUGCUGGUUAUCAAUGGAAGGCAGGCUUAGUUGAAAAAAAUGAAGACCUAAGAGACCCAUUACUUGCAUGUGAAGAAAUGGCAAAAUGGUAUACGGACUAUACACGCACAACACAAUCACUUCAGUUUUAUUGUAUCAGGACAAUUCGAUCAUGUAUAGGUGGAAAUAUUUCCCAAAAAGUGAAGAGCUUGAAGCUUCCACCUUUCAUUAACAACAAAAUUCUUUUAAAUCAUUUGCUCUCAGUCGACAGCUAAUAUAUCACAAUUGUCUUGUAUAUUUGCAUGCAGUUCUAAGUUCACAGAGAUCAGAAGAUAUUUAUUCAGAGUGUCAGCCCAUGACAAUUUGUACCAGGGAAAAAAUUGUGGAUAUUUAUUUCAGAUUUAUUAAAACAUUUUUAUUCACCGGUG